AUAAAAUCUCCGCCCCUCUUUGUGCUUCAAUGCUUCGCUCCGCUCCAGAGGCAAGUAUGCCUCUAAAUAGUUUAAAUCAAUAAAUAAAACGAUUUUUGUGUAUAUUUUUUAGUUUUAACAUGGCAAUAAUAUUGCGGUCAGGUAAUCAGGUUAUCAGUCAUCAAUGAACUCCGCCAAAUUAAAUAUUUGUUUUGUUUUGAUUUAAACUGGUGUAGUUUAUGAAAAUCAUAUGAAAAUACUUGAAAAAUGGACUCCAUUCAAUCUUUACACGGAAAGUGCCGUUGUUGUCUAAAGGCAGGAGAGCAUCGCGACGUCUUUAAAGAAUAUUACUGUGAUGGAUCUCGUGAAGUAUACUUCGAUAUAUUCUUGGAAUGUUUCAAUGUUUUUCUUUCAAAAUCAAGUGACAAGAGUAACCUAAUUUGUGUGGAUUGUAUUCGGAAAUUGCGUGAUGCUGAUAGUUUCCGUAAAAUGGUAGUUGAUGCGGAGAAGCAAUUGCACUUUGUGAAAGAACCAACAGACCUUGAGAAAAAGCAAGAGUUGGCUUUUGAGGUGGAGCUUGAGGUACUGCGAGAAACAAAGCCAGAGCCAGAUGAUGAUGAUGACUACAUGGAUAUAGUAAACAAGGACAAUGAUCCUGAGAAUGACAACGCUACGCUCGCACGCGACGAGGCUCGCCUCCGGGCGCGCCACCCGGCCCUGCGCGCGCUGCCCACCCGGGACAGCCUGUACGAAGUGUGCCCUCAAUACGUCAUGCAUCUCGAUGUGUUACAGGGAAAGGAAACUCGCUCAAAAGACAUAGAACCCCUAUUAAACCCAGAGGCUGAAAACAAGCAGAAAAACGACCAACGCCAUGUCACCGAGAAAGUCGCUCACAUCCACAACGCUUUACUAAUUUUGGAGCACUCCAAUGUUACUGCUUUCAAGGGGAAAAGCAAGCAAGCAAGCAGAGAUGGACUACCCUGUUUUUACUGCAAGGACAUCUUCGACAAUAUCGAAGCGUUGCGAACACACCAAAAAGAACAUAAGAAUAGUGAUAUCAAGAAAUCCUUGAAUUCCCUCAGCCCAUACUGUCUUGUUAUAAAUGUAGACAUAACAGACUUAACUUGCACCCUAUGUGACACUAGCUUAAAUACUUUACAAGACUUUAAAAAUCAUCUAGAAUCAAAACAUGACAAAAAGUUUUACACUAAGCUAGAAGACAGAGUAAUACCAUUCAAAGUACCUAUGGAUAAUAAUUACAUAUGUCAAAUAUGUAGUCUAAAGUCUGAGAGUAUUGGAGCAAUAGAAAGACAUAUGAAUAAACAUUUUAGAAAUUAUAAUUGUGAUAAGUGUGACACGGGAUUUGUAACCAGCCAUAGAUUAAAUACGCACGUGAAAACUAUCCAUGUUGAAGGUAGUUUUCAGUGUGAGACUUGUAAGAAAGUAUUUUCAUCACAACAGAAGCUUAAAAGUCAUGUCGAUACAGUGCAUAAAAUGAUAAAGCGCUUUAAAUGUACAAAAUGUCCGGAGCGGUUCACAGAUUAUUUUAGACGAUAUCAACAUUUAGUUAAAAUACAUGGUCAAGCCGAAUUAGAAUAUAAAUGUAAUGUUUGCGACAAAGUAUAUGCAAGAAGAUUCAUGCUAUCUCAACAUAUGAAACGAGAUCAUUUGGAAGAGCGUUCUGUUCAAUGUGAAAUAUGUUUUAGUAAAUUCUUUGCUCGGAAAGAAUUAAAGAUGCAUAUGGUUAAGCAUAAUGGGGCUAAGACUUUUGAAUGUACGGUGUGUAAAAAAGCAUAUUCGAGGAAGAAAACGUUGACAGAGCAUAUGCGGAUACAUAAUAAUGAUAGGAGGUUUUCUUGUACGGUUUGUGGUCAGGCUUUUGUUCAGAAUUGCAGUUUGAAGGGGCAUAUGAAGACACAUCAUCGUAUGUAAAAAUUGGGGAAAAGUGAAGUUUUAAACUGUAUUUAGUGUCCUAUAUAAGUAUUUAUUCAUAUUGAAUAUCAAUAAAUAAAUAAAUAAAUAAUAAAUAAAUAUUAUAGGACAUUAUUACACAAAUUGACUAAGUCCCACAGUAAGCUCAAUAAGGCUUGUGUUGAGAGUACUUAGACAACGACAUAUAUAAUAUAUAAAUAUUUAUAAAUACUUAAAUACAUAGAAAACACCCAUGACUCAGGAACAAAUAUCCAUGCUCAUCACACGAAUACAUGCCCUUACCAGGAUUUGAACCCGGGACCAUCAGCUUCGUAGGCAGGGUCACUGCCCACUAGGCCAAGCCAAUCAAUGUCAUAUUAAAUUUAUAUUAAAUUUUUGUCACAA